AUGAAGCGCGUGCGCCUGCACAGGGGCAUCCGGCACUACUGGGGCAUCCGCGUGCGCGGCCAGCACACCAAGACCACGGGCCGCCACCGGGACCUCUUGCUGUCCAUUGGAUACGUGACUAAGAACCGACAGUGCAUGCACGCCGCACAAAAGCUGCAGGGGUCGGCUAAGGCCACUAAGGGACGGUUCUCGGCCCCGCGGGCCUCGGCGCACAGGGCGUGCAUCGACGCUGGCGAGCUGGAUGCUUGGAUUUUGCCCAACGGGCAGGAAUGCGACGGCGCCCUGGUGCACCGACAUGCCAGCCGCCCUCAGGUUGAUGAGCUGAUUUCGCUCGUUCCUGCGCGCGCUGCUGAGCUGGCUGCGCGCGCGCCAGGCAACGUGUUCGCGGGGGCCCUGCGCGAGCAGGAGGAGGAGAAGGAGGAGGAUGCGGAGAAGGGGGUCGCCGAGCCGCAGAUCGAGGCCAGCUGCGGGGCUGCCUCCCGCGACCUUGACGCCGCCAGCGACUGCUCCACCUCCGCCGACGACGGCCUCGAGCCGCUCCGCGAGCGCUGCGCGGAGCUGCCCAGCGACGAGGAGGACGCGGCGCAGCCGGCGGUCUCGGCCGCGGCGCCCGCGGCCAGCGAGAAGGGCAGGGCGGCCAGGCGCCGGGCGGCCCGCGCGGAGGAGCGCGCCGCCCCGAAGCAGCGAGGCGCGGCGCCCCGCGGCAAGGCCGCCGCCCAGUGGCCGGCAGCGGCGGGCGCCUGGGCGGACAGCGGCGCGGCGCCCCGCGGAAGGGCCGCUGCCCCGUGGCAGGCGGCGGCGGGCGCCUGGGCGGACGCUGGCGCCGCGUGGGGCCCGCCUUCGCGGGCGUGGCAGGGCAAGGAGAGCUGGGGCGCCUGGGGCCGGCAGGGCUCGUGGAAGGACGCCGCCCAUCAGCCUCGGCAGCAGCGGCGCCAAGGCGCGGCCGGCGCGGGCGGGAAACGCCAGUGCCAGUUCACCAUCGGCAUCGAAGAGGAGCCGAAGUUCCGGGUCGUGCGCAGGCUGAUCGGAGAGCACGGGAAGCACGUGAAGCGCAUCGCGGAGGCGUCGGGCGGUGCGAAGCUGCGCCUGCGGGGCCGGGGCUCCGGCUUCCUGGAGGGGCCAGAGCAGGAGGAGUCCGGGGACCCGCUCAUGAUGUGCGUGAGCGCUCCAGACGAGCGGUCGUACGCCAUCGCCGUGCAGCUCCUGCGCGAGCAUCUGGAGGACGUCUACCAGCAGCACCGCGCCGCCAACCCCGGCGCCGCGGUGCUCCGCGUCAGCCUCCACGAGGGCCCCCGCGAGGGGAGCUACUGA